UGGCACGCCAUCGAAUCCCUUCCUCUGCACGCUAUAAACCUCACCGAUUACCUCAAUUCUCCGGCGAAUCUCCAUGGCCACUACCUUUGCCACCUCUCCGGCACUCGCCGCAGCCCCUGCUUCCUUCGGAGGCCUCAGGGGCCGCAGCAGCAACAGAUUGAGGAGGGGCAGUGGCAGAGUACUAGUAGUUCGAGCGUCGCUCAAGGAGGCGGUGGGCUUGGCAGUGGCUGCGACGGCGGCCAGCGCGGUGGUGGCGAGCGGCAGUGCGCAGGCCUUUGACGUGCUGCUGGGGAGCGACAGCGGGGAGCUGGCGUUCGUGCCGAGCAGCUUCUCGGUGGCGGCGGGGGAGAAGAUCGUGUUCAAGAACAACGCCGGGUUCCCGCACAACGUGGUGUUCGACGAGGACGAGGUCCCGGCGGGCGUCGACGCUGGGGCCAUCUCCAUGGCGGAGGAGGACCUGCUGAACGCUCAGGGGGAGACUUACUCCGUCACGCUUAGCGCCAAGGGCACCUACGGCUUCUACUGCGCCCCGCACCAGGGCGCCGGCAUGGUCGGAAAAGUAACCGUCAACUGAGCACAUUAACGGCGACGUUCCCGCAGGCCGCAGACUGUUUACGCGCGCUAUUGCUGUAAGCUUAAUUCUGGAACCUUCGUCAAAAUAAUUAGUCUUAAGAAAAAUUAAAAAUAUUUUUAAUUAAUUUUUUAAACAGCAAUAACAUGGAUGACUGACACGUGUAACAAAAUAGAUUAACGUGGAAAUCGUUCUGCCA